AUGGAUGUGGCUGAACCCUGUGUUCAGAUUUUUGAGCAGCCCAAGCAAAGAGGCAUGCGCUUCAGGUAUAAGUGUGAGGGUCGUUCUGCUGGUUCCAUACCAGGAGAGAGAAGUUCUGACAACAAUAGGACCUAUCCCAGCAUACAGAUUCUGAAUUACUGCGGUAAAGGGAAAGUGCGUGUUUCCCUGGUGACCAAAAAUGAGCCGUAUAGACCACACCCACAUGACCUGGUGGGGAAAGACUGUAAGGAUGGGUACUAUGAGGCAGAAUUUGGACCAGAGAGAAGAGUCAUUGCUUUCCAGAACCUCGGUAUCCAGUGUGUGAGACGCAGAGAGGUCAGAGAUGCCAUCAUGCAGAGUAUAACCAGAGGCAUCAACCCCUUCAACGUUCCGCGGGAGGAGCUGCUACAGACAGAAGAGUACGACCUGAACGUGGUCCGUCUGUGUUUCCAGGUCUUCCUGCAGGACGAAACAGGACGCUACACCACUGCCCUCAGUCCCAUUGUCUCCAACCCCAUUUAUGACAACCGCGCCCCCAACACGGCCGAGCUGCGCAUCUGUCGUGUCAAUAAGAACAGCGGCAGCGUGAGGGGCGGAGACGAGAUCUUUCUCCUCUGUGACAAAGUGCAGAAAGAUGAUAUUGAGGUACGGUUCUUCACUCAGACCUGGGAGGCCAAAGGUUCUUUCUCACAGGCCGACGUGCACAGGCAAGUGGCCAUCGUGUUCAGGACCCCCCCGUACUUCGACACGCACAUAACGAGUCCCGUAACCGUCCGCAUGCAGCUCCGCCGCCCCACGGACCAGGAGGUCAGCGAACCCAUGGAGUUCAGAUACCUGCCUGACGACAAAGAUCCCUAUGGCUGCCAGGAGAAGAAACGAAAAAGAGAAGACAUAAUGAAAUCGUUCCCCAACCUUAACGGAGCCAUGGGCAGCAUGGCCAGAGCCAAGGCAGUCCCCCACAGCUCCAUCAUGGCCCAGAGGAUCAAACACGAGCCGAUGUUACAAAAGCACUUGGGCGGCUCUUUGAUGAGACCAAACCUACAGCAUGUGUACAACAGCAUCUACCAGUCCCACCCAAUCCCAUCCCCUAUGCCCAUGUCAGCCAAUCAGGGAUGGCCAAGUCAAAAUCCCUCCAUCUCCCUGGCAAACAUCAUGAUCAACCAAAGCAGUGGCAACGCUGACACCACUAAUGGGGCUGGCCUCCAACGGUUACAUCCCAGCUCUGGCAUCUCCAGCCAGGGAGAGAGCGGAAACAGCCUUCCCAUCCUGUCCAUGGGGGACCUGGCCUGCCUGGAAACUCAAGGCUCCUCAGCACACCAACCCCAAGCAGAGCAGCAGAGCCAACAGGUCCAUCAGCCGGCGCCCAGAAAGGACCCCACGGCCGACGGGGUCGGGAUCCAGGCCUCUUGGUACGGCUAUGGGCAACAGCAGCAGGCCCCUGGCAUGCAGAACGGAGGAGGCGAGCGCCCGGCGUGUAUCCCGUACUCGUACGGAGAGAACAGGGAUGGGGCGGAGUUUCUGCAGAGCCUGGUGGACUGCUCCCAGACGAACCUUCAUCUGAAACAGGAGCUGAAUGGACCAGGAGAGACACCUUCCAACCUGGCCAUGCUCUCUUCAUCCUGCUCUUCUUCCUCAAACUGUGCUCAGUCUUUCACGGCCCUGCUGAACUCGGACGCCGGGAACAUGAGCGGCCUGGAGAUCAGGAAGACGCCAGGGGGCAGCAGCUCCAACGGGCAAAGCCAGAGAGCGGCACCCAACAGUUACGCUGCGGAGGGCAUGGGUCAAGACAGCCAAUACGACCCCUUAUUCUAUCAAUACUUCCCUGAGUGAAGCUGCACACUGCAUAUGAGCAGGAAGACCAGCAGUGUGACCCAGAGGAAGGGC